UAUGGCGUUCAAGCUAAUUAUUUUAGCAGCUGCACUGCAACUAGCAACAUGUAAGCCGACCCUAACGCUCGAAGAUAUGGAGGUAGCUGAUGAUACAGAGGCAGUGGGGUCUUACGUGAGAGAAGUUCGCGCGGCGGCGCCUCAAGACUACCACAAAUCGUACCAGAACGAUGGUGACGGCGAGAUCGGCUACUCACGCAAAAAGCAGGGAGGCGGCAAGAAGGGGUACCAGCACUUUGACAGCUACCACAAGAAGGCCGGCGACAACUACGAAUUCGAAAAGCAGGACUCCUUCGGACACGACGACGGCGGCAACCAGGGCGCAUACAGCCACAACCACGAAAGAAGAGAGAAAGCCCAGAAGGAGAAGUACAGAGAGCCGGAGUACGAAGCAGAAGAGAGCAGCGGAGAACAGAAGGAGGAACAGAAGGAUGAACAUACGCAUGAGGAGUUAAAAGAGGGCGCCAGCGAUGGCAACGGCGGCGUAGAAGCACACGGCCACGACCCAAAGGAUUACGUUCUUCCCGAAAAAUAUGUUUAUGGCGAAGGAGAAGAAUACAGCUUCUAGAAUAAACAUAGUUUAAAUAAAUACUUAUUUGACUGAUAGUAUUUAGGGCUGGGUAGAUAUAAUAUAAGGUUUUCUUUGCAUGUAUU